AUGAGCUACCCAGCCAGACCAUACAACACUGGGCCCUCAGAGAACGCUCCUUUGCUUGGUGUCCCGACCCAACCCGCCCCUUAUCCAGGACCGUUAUCUCCAUCGCCAUACGCGAAUGACGCCCCGAACGCGCGCAAGCCGCCGAAUGACAGAUACGAGGAGAGCAGACAUACCCGUAGACGUACAAUAGCAGCGUGUUGUAUCGUUACGGUGUUUAUUAUUGCACUUGCUGUAUUUCUUGGAAUUUGGGAGAGCGGGAUUACAGACUCAGACCCGCGAGCCGUCGCACACGACGUUUUAGCACAUUCACCUGUCAUAGAUGGGCACAUUGACCUACCAGAGCUCGUUCGUGUUCUUUACAGAAAUAAUAUUUCUGCUUUCGAUUUGCGGAAACGAAUGCCUGGGCAUGUUGACAUUCCAAGACUCCGUGAAGGUCAAGUCGGUGGAUUCUUUUGGUCUGUGUAUGUUGACUGCAAGCCAGAAAACGAGAACUUCACGAGGCCUUCAUACCGCGUUCGCGACACUCUAGAACAAAUCGACGUCACGCACCUCCUCAUAGACGAGUACUCCGACACCUUCCAAUUUGCAGGCUCAGCAGCAGACAUCCGUUCCGCACUCCGAAAGAAGAAAAUCGCAAGUCUAAUCGGUGUAGAAGGUGCACACCAACUAGGCAACUCCCUAGCCGUCCUCAGACAGUACUACGCUCUCGGUGCACGGUACCUUACACUGACACAUGCCUGCAACAACGCAUUUGCAGACUCUGCUGGAAUUUUUGACCCGCCGAAGCCGGUUCAUGGUGGACUCAGCCCGUUGGGCGAGUCACUUGUGUAUGAGAUGAAUAGACUCGGGAUGUUUGUGGAUCUGUCGCAUGUUAGUGAUGAUACUGCAAGACAAGCACUUGCCCUGUCAGCGGCACGAGGUGCUCCGGUGAUUUGGAGCCACUCAUCUGCGAGAGCUGUUCAUAAUGUACCAAGGAAUGUCCCGGAUGACUUGUUGGAGAUGCUGACCAUGGAUGACGAUGCUAUGGCAAGGUGGAGAGGGAAGACCGAUGGUGUCGUCAUGGUUAAUUUCGCACCCUACUUCAUUGCACCUGAAGGCCAGGCCACGCUCGCUCGUGUAGCGGACCAUGUAGAACACAUCGGAAAAGUCGCAGGGAGAGAGCAUGUCGGGCUCGGUAGUGACUUUGACGGCAUUGGUGCUGCACCAACAGGCUUAGAAGACGUCUCAAAGUAUCCAGACCUCAUCGCGGAACUCUACGCCCGCGGCUGGUCCCGUGUCGAGCUCGCAGGACUCGCAGGCGGGAAUCUCCUACGCGUCAUGGAGCGCGCGGAACGCGCAGCACUGCAGAUGCAGCGUGACGGAGACAAACCUGCGAUGGAUGUGUAUGACAAGAGAACGGACUUACCUGAGAGGGAGAUACCUAUAUAAGAAUAAGGGGAUUUAGGUCUUGUUGUGCUGCUUCAUUUAAUUUUUGGUUUAGCCUUUGUCUCGUUAUUGUCGCGGUCGCUUCAGUUGUGACUGUUUUCAGUACCUGUUUUGGACUUCUCUACAAGCUCAUACAAAGCUCAUGACGUGACGCCUGCGCAGUCUGGGUAUGCUCAUGUACGCUCUUAGAUCACGUAAGUAACUAUAGCGCAGUGCUACAAGU